CAACCAUCACAACAACAACACAGCUUUGAUGAUGUCUGCUGUAAAUACAUUGUUACGAUUCAUAAGAUAAGAACAUUAAGGACAGUCAAGAGAUGUAAAUAGCAGCAGCAUUUUAUAUGUAACAAAUGCAAACAGAUGAAAUUGUUCUUUUGCACUGUUUACGAUGAUUAAAUUAUGAAAUAGAUAGUCUUCAUAACUUAACGCUUCAGUGAUGGAGAAUGAUGACGUUCUAGAGACUCUUGGAGAGAAACUGUAUGACGUGAUUUAUCCCAAAUACAAAGAGAUGACACCUAAACUUACAGGUAUGUUACUGGAGUUGCCGACUAAUGUUGUAGCUCAGAUGCUGCAUGAUGAACCUCUGUUGAAUAGAGCACUGGAGAGAGCACUGACGGCCCUCACAUCAUCUGACAACAGUGAACCUUUGUCUCAGACUGAUGAUGCAGCAUCCGUGUCCUCCGACUCUCUGGGUGAACAGCUGUAUGACCUUAUUGACCUAUACAACACUGGACACACACAGAAAAUAACAGGCAUGUUAUUGGAGCAGAAAAAAGAGGCAGUCCUUCAGCUUCUGUCAGAUCCUACACUUCUCAAAGAACAAGUCAAGACUGCCUUGAAAACACUGCAAGAAUGUAGGCAGGGUGACGAAAUGACAGAUGUGAGUGACAGCUGUGACCGAGAGGAAGUGGAGUCAAUUGGCGAGAAGCUUUUCAGUUUCGUACAGCAUUUAGACCCCGCCCACUGUGCUGACAUCACAGGGAUGCUACUCGAAAUGGAUACAGGAACUCUGCAGCAAAUCCUGUCAGAUCGGGCAAUGUUGGAGGUUGCAGUUCAAAGGGCAAAAAGUGCACUGGAGGGCGAUCGAAGCCAGACACGCACAGAAGUGUCAAAAUGAGUCUUGUGGAAACUCUACGGACCAUGUGAUCUGGAAAAGUCAAACAGGAUUAUCAGAGAAAUUUUGUACUUUGGACUAUUGAUAUUGCUGUAUUACUUGCACAACUUAAGAUAAUGUUUACAUUUCAUUGCGGGGCUAUUUGCCACUUUUUAUUGAGGUCACAGGAAAUGAUUGUGGAGAGUGACGAGAAAGUGCAUCAGGAUACGACUCAGGCCGGAUUCAAACCUAUGUAACCUGAAAGAGCUGGGUGUAGAUUUGUCUUGAACAUUGUAAGACUUGAACAACGUGAAGCACUUACAGGUUUCCAUUGAUCGUGGUAUAAAUAUUGGUGGGGUUGUUCUUGCUUGUUUUGAUUAUUGGGGGGGUUACCCCCCCCCAUCGAAUCUACGCCCCUAACCACAGCGCAACAGUCUAGAGGCUUUGACAUUCCACAAGCACACUUAAGACGUUAAUUAUAUUCUCGGAUAAUUUGUCCUAAUCAGCGGUCAUUAAAGGUUUCUGUAUGUAAUUUGCAUUAAACAGUAAACAUCUCUGUAAAUAAAGAAU